CCAAAAGGCAGAAAGUGAAUCCAUUCCAAACCCAAUUCUUUAUAUUGCAACUGUUUGAAAGCAUUAUUGGGGUACCAACCUGAACCAAAUUAAUUUGUCUCUAUAUUAUUAUUGUUAUUUUGAGGGUGAAGUGCUACCAGCCACAUUGCAAAAGGAAAGGAUACUUUUCAAAGGAGGAGAGGUUCACAAGAAGGUGACUUUCUUUGUAUCUUUCAUUGAGAUCUGGAGUUAUGUGGGAAGGACCAAACUAUCCAAUGAGUGGUGUCAAAUAUGAGAGUGGUGGUGUUGUUUUCAUGCUGUUUUUUCUUUGGACAACAUUAACAACAAUAACUCGAGCAAUGGAGGUACCUAAGAUUACUCAAAGGUUCCAUUUUCCAGGAAAUCCCUUCAAGAAAAAGCACUUUCCUCCUCCUCCUCCUCCUGUUCCCAUUCAAAAGAAAUUCAACCUUCCAGCAGCAGUACCUGUUUGGCCACCAGGUAAUGGUUUCUCAAAAGGAAGCAUUGAUCUUGGUGGGUUGGAAGUGUCUCAAAUAACAACAUUCAACAAAAUAUGGGCAUCCCAGGAAGGUGGACCAGACAACCAAGGUGCCACAAUUUUUGAGCCGUCAGGAAUUCCACAAGGCUUCUCCAUGUUGGGUAGUUACAGCCAACCAAACAAUAAGGCCUUGUUUGGAUGGGUCCUUGUGGCAAAAGAUUUGUCCCCACCAAACACCAUUAAUGGAACAUUAAAGAAACCGAUUGAUUACUCACUUAUAUGGACCAGUGAAAAUCUUGGCAUCAAACAAGACAGCAAUGUCUAUGUUUGGACACCAGCAGCUCCUGAUGGGUACAAAGCUGUUGGGCAUGUUGUGACAACUUCAGCGGACAAACCUGCCCUUAACAAAGUGAUGUGUGUGAGGAUAGACCUUACCGACCAAUGUGAGAAGAAUUCAGUGAUCUGGAAUGGUCCCAAUGGCAUAAAUUUCUUUGAGGCAAGGCCAAGCAAUAGAGGAACUCAAUCUCCUAGCGUUCAAGUAGGAACAUUUGUUGCACAAUAUGUUAAUGCCACUGGCCCUCUAACAAUUUCAUGCCUUAAAAACACCAAAAGCAUUGCAUCAUCAAUGCCUAAUGUGCAACAAAUUGAGGCUAUAGUUAAGGCUUAUUCUCCAAUUAUGUACUUGCAUCCUCAUGAAGAAUUCCUUCCUUCUUCAGUCAAUUGGUUUUUCUCAAAUGGAGCAUUGCUAUUCACAAGAGGGAACGAGUCGAAUCCGGUGGCAAUAGCGCAGAAUGGAACCAACCUACCUCAGGAUCCGAACAAUGAUGGUGCGUUCUGGCUUGACCUUCCGGCCGACGCAGCCAACAAAGAUAGGGUGAAGAAGGGAAAUUUGGAAAGUGCAAGAAGCUACAUACAUGUGAAACCAAUGCUUGGUGGAACUUUUAGUGACAUUGCAAUGUGGGUGUUCUACCCAUUCAAUGGGCCUGCAAGGGCAAAAGUGGAUUUCUUUAACAUUAACUUGGGGAAAAUAGGUGAACAUGUUGGUGAUUGGGAGCAUGUUACAUUAAGGGUAAGCAAUUUCAAUGGAGAAUUAUGGCAAAUGUAUUUCUCACAACAUAGUCAUGGUCAAUGGGUUGAAGCCUCACAACUUGAGUUCCAAAGUGGGAACAAUAAUAACAAGCCUGUGGUUUAUUCUUCUUUGCAUGGACACGCAUCUUACCCACACGCUGGCCUUGUUUUGCAAGGAACAAGUAAUAUUGGUGUGAGGAAUGAUACUGAUUCAAGUAACAUUGUCAUGGAUUUGGGGUUACAUGACUUGGUUUCUGCUGAGUAUUUGGGUUCUCAAGUUGUGGAACCUCCAUGGCUUAACUAUUUUAGAGAAUGGGGUCCAAAAGUUGAUUAUGACAUUGAUGAUGAGUUGAAGAAAGUGGCUAAAGCAUUGCCUGGGAGGUUGAGAUCUCUUUUAGACAAGGUUGUGAAGAGUUUGCCAAGUGAAGUGUUAGGAGAAGAAGGGCCAACUGGUCCUAAGGUGAAGAAUAAUUGGAAUGGAGAUGAGGUUUAGAUAUUAUAUAUUCUAGUACACAUGUAUACCUCGCUUCCUAAUUCUUUUAAAGCUCCAAUAUUGAUCUAUAACAAAUUUAUUGCAUUUAAUUUGUCAUUUUGGAACUUUUUGUUUUUA